AUGGAGCACAGUGCAGCAGUGGUAGUGGCUACUUUAAUACUCGGAAUAUUUGUUGUUAAAUGGUUUGCAGCCCCGAAGGAACAUCCAUCCGCACAAAGGUUACCUAAUACGCAGCUUCCUUCUUCAUCCAAUAAUCAACAGAGAACUGCUGGUAGCUCAAAUGGCAGAGGCUCACAGCGUCGUGUUUCUUCGACUAGUAGAAGAAACAUUACACCUGAAAUGAUAGAGACAGUCCGCAAUGUUAUUCCAGCUCUGCAUCCUGAACAAAUCAGAUAUGAUUUGGAAAGUACUGGGUCCGUAGAACAAACAAUGGAAAGAUACUUUAAUGGUGAAUCUUUCCCUUUCCCUCCUGGUUACACACCUGCUAGAGAAAGCUCAGCGAAUGGGCAACAUAAUAAUAUAGACGAGCCUAGUGACAUUCGCAAAAGAAGUAACAUAAGACCUGAUAAUCUUUUAUCGAAAUUCAACGUUGAUAUGUCCGUAGAUAUGUCUGAUAUGAGCAUUAAAGAAUUAGAAAUUGAUGAAAGGAAGAAAUUACUUGUAUGGGAAGCAAGAAAAAAUAUGGAGAAACGACUUGAAACUGAUACAGAACUAGCAUCACUUAUAAAGUAA